AUGGAGGAUUGCAAUGGAACUUUGACAUCAGCUGAGCCAAGAUUGCAACUGACAAAGGAUCCAAAUGAAGAUAAAGUUGAUGCAAAUCAAUAUAGAAAGCUCAUUGUAUCAUUAAGAUACAUUUGUCACACAAGGCUGGAUCUAGCACACAGUGUAGGCACAAUGAGUAGAUUCAUGAAAAAGCCAAAGGUGUCUCAUCUUCUAGGCAUCAAGAGGAUACUAAGGUGUCUUAAAGGAACACUAGACUAUGACAUUUUCUUUCCUGCAACAGAUGAAGGAAAGGAAUGCAAACUAGUGGGAUACAUUGACUCAAGUUGGUGUGGUGAUGCUAAGGAUAAAAAAUCCAUAACUGGUUAUGUGUUUAUGCUAGGUGGUGCACCAGUUGCUUGGAGCUCAGAAAAUAGUCAGUUGUAG